AUGUGGCCGCCGUUGAAGAUUGAUGAUGAAUCCCUCGAUGAGACUGACUGGGUGCAAUGGGUGGAAACUGGUGAUAAGAGAAGAGCCCAUAUGGCCGGCAUAGGCUUUUUGUAUGGCAAGAACAAUGGCCACCGUAUCUUGAAAGAAGCCAUUCGAAUACUCUCCAGUGGUCAAGGCUGGCAACAUUUUGCUCAUGCUGUUGCGGGCUCCCUUCAACGAAUAUUGUCUGGUCUUGCCCCUUCCUUCAAAGAUACAUAG